GCGUGAUGCCGUCUUCACAUCCACUUAGCUAUCGUGCCAUGGUUUAAUCUGGAUCCUGUGGGUGUUUUCUCAUAUGGAGAGUCACGUAAAGGGUGCCAGACUCAACUAUAUAAAUGAUAUCAUUCUCCUACUCGAUUGUUAAGCAACUUGGCUUCUUCUAUAAUCUGCGCCUCUAUUGACUGAUUCCAAUCAUUUCCCUCGAGUACCAGAGUGCUUAUAAUCCUAUUUCAUGCCACGGGUACUAGUCAGUUGCGGAACCUUGGAAAUUCUGAUCAGAGUUGAAGUCGAUCUGGCGCACCCAGAGAUUUGAAUGCGGGGUUCAGAACUUCAAAUUACCAACCAACAUUCAUUUUACCUCCAAUCAACCAUCCGACUUCCACACAAUGUCUUCCUCUUUACAGGCGGGUUCCUUCCAAACCCUCACGUUCCACCCUGACAACACGGUGGUUAUACAAGACCAAAUCUACGGGGAGCACACCAUCUCCGAGCCGGUUCUAACCGAGCUACUUCGGUGCCCAGCGCUGCUCCGACUCGCAGGCAUCGGUCUCCAUGGCCAAACCGACUUGUUGGGUACAACUCAAACAGUGACUCGGUUAGAGCACUCCAUAGGCGCAUCGCUGUUAGUGCGCAAAGUCGGUGCGAGCGUUGGAGAGCAAGUUGCGGGUCUUCUGCACGAUAUAAGCCACACAGUGCUCAGCCAUGACGUCGAUGGGGUCUUGUCAAAGCCAGGGGAGAGCUAUCAUGAAGUCCACAAGUCGCGGUAUAUCAUGACCACUGAGCUGCCGCAGAUCCUUACCAAGCAUGGCUUCGUUGAUCUAAAACCGUUCGAUGAGGAGCUCUACCCUCUGGUGGAGAUGCCUGCUCCUCAUCUCUGUUCUGAUCGUCUCGAUUACUCUCUACGAGGUGCAGUCGCGUUCGGCAAACUUGCGAUAGAGGAUGCGCGCCGUGUGUAUGACUCAUUCACAGCGUUCCCGGACGCGUCCUCACCACGUCGCUUGCUGGUCCUUCAAGAAGUUGAUUUGGCCGUGGCUUAUGCUAGGGCCUAUGCCGAAUGCGAUAGGGAUGUGUGGUGCAACCCGGCUCAUGCCGUCAUGUCCCGGAAGAUAGGUCAGUUGAUUGGCGACCUGGUGCAACGAGGAUUGUUGAAGGAAGAGGUUCUAUGGAGUCUAUCGGAUCGCGAAUUCUGGGAGCUCCUCAAAAGUAAAGUUGACGCUAAAGGAUUGGAGACGAUGGAACACAUCGAAGCAGGGCCGCAUGCGGAAGAUUACCUACGUCUACCUCGUGGCACCAAGAUUCGCACAAUCGAUCCUGAUAUGCUCCUCCCCGGUGCCGAGCAGCCUUAUCCACUGUCUUCUGUGAAACCAGAAUGGGCUGAGGAGAGACAAGAGUUCAUUCGAGCUCGCCAGGCUCUGUUUGCGGACUAGCAUCUUUAACUGUCUCCAUCAACCAAGGCGGCGUGAGCUGGGAACCAGAUAUCAAUCAGCCACAUUGGAGAGCAAUGUACAACUUUACUUUAAGCAUAAUCCAUAAAUAGAUCAUAAUCACUUCCCACUUACAUUAGCUUGAUUAUGGACCAGCUUCUAUAAAUGG